AUGAAAUCCGCAUCACCCACCUCCCGCUCCGUCAGCCCCGGGCGCGCCAAACACCUCGAAAGAAACCGCAUCGCCGCCAACAAAUGCCGCGAAAGAAAGAAGCGAGAACACAAACAAAUCGAGCGGCGUCUCACCGACGAAACCCAAAAGAAAGAUAUCCUCCUUGCACAAUUGAACUGUCUACGAGAAGAAGUCUGGGACUUGAAAAACCUCAUGUUCCAGCACGCCGAGUGCCAAGACCAACAAAUCAACCAGCAGCUCGCCAGAAUGACCCAGACCGUCCUGCAAAAUCCUUCCAACCUGGAUGCGAAUAAUUGCGGCCUUCCCACCAGCUCAUCAAGCUCGUUUUCAACUGGGACGUGGUCCGAUGAGUCGGUCGCUGACGAUGCCAACCUCGGACCGGGCGCAUACAAUAACGACUGGACGGGCCUGCCAACAAUCGCGAACGAUUUUGCGCCUUACGAAUCUUAUGAGCCGAAUGGUUUGCCCGAUGCGAUUUUUGAAAACUUCAUUGAUGCGGACAAUGGAUUUACCUAA